AUGGCUAUCACAGUAGGCGACAACGUGUGGUCAUAUGCCGUGGCGGUCGUUCUCGGCUACUUGACUACAUCCGCAAUUUAUAACGCGUACUUUCAUCCCCUAGCGAAGUUCAGGGGCCCAAAGUUAUGGAGCAUCUCCAGAAUACCUUUCAUCAAGCACAUGCUCGCUGGUACGCUUCCGUAUCGUAUCAAGGACCUCCAUGAUCAGUAUGGUAGCAUUGUGCGAGUGGCUCCGGAUGAAUUGUCCUUCAUUGACUCCACGGCGUGGAAAGAUAUCUAUCUACAGAAGGCCUUUAUUCGUCCCAAAGUCUGGGGAUCUCGACCACCAGGAGUUGAGGCUCACAAUGUCAUCUCAGCCCCUGUGGCUGAUCAUACUCGAUUCCGGAAAGUCCUCCAACCUGCAUUUUCAGAAAAGGCAGUCAGGCAGCACGAGCCUACUAUCGAGCGGUAUGUUGAUCUUUUGAUUGGCCGAUUGGAGGAAGCUAUUCAAGGUUCCAAACAAAAUACCGCUACAGUUGAUCUGGUACAAUGGAUAAACUUCACAACUUUCGAUAUUAUUGGGGAUCUGGGCUGGGGAUCUUCCUUCCGGUGCCUAGAGGAUACAUCAUAUCAUCCAUGGAUCAAAGUCGUUCUCCACUUCAAGGCUGUACUUGUGGCAACAUCUAUAAAGUACUACCCAUGGGUUGAAGCCUUCCUCAUGAGCAUCACGCCGAAAUCCGCAAUGGCAGACUUGGAGCAAGCCCUCGCUACCGCUCAUUCCAAAGUCAAAGACCGUCUGUCACGCGAGCCAGACCACCCCGAUAUUAUGACGCAUGUUAUCGAACAUAAUAAACUGUCUCCAGAAACAGGGCUAUCUCAGGGAGAGAUCGAAGCGAAUUCCAUGGCCAUCGUUGUGGCAGGAAGUGAAACGUUGACUACUGCCUUAGCUGGAGCCCUACACCACCUUUUGAAAGAUCCAAAGGCAUUCAAGACCGUGGUUGAUGAAAUAAGAGCGAAUUCUGAGUCUGAGGAUCAGAUUACGGCAGCAUCACUAGCGUCGCUCCCAUACUUAACAGCGGUGCUUAAUGAAACCCUCCGCAUUUCCCCUCCGCUUCCAGAUGGAUUAAGGCGUGAGGUUCCUAAGGGUGGUGCGAUUAUUUGCGGCCAUAUGAUCCCCGAAAAGAUGACGGUCUCAGUGCCGUGCUGGGCGACUUUCCAGUCGAAAUCAAAUUUUGUCUCCCCCGAUGUUUUCUUACCAGAAAGAUGGUUGAGCGAGCACCAGGGCGACGAUUCGCCUUAUAAAAACGACAAUAAAUCAUCCUUUCACCCAUUUUCCAUGGGACCUCACAAUUGCAUCGGACAAACUUUGGCAUGGGUGGAAAUGCGAAUUAUCCUUUCGAGACUCCUUUGGAACUUUGAUAUUGAAGUGCCGGACGGAAAAGUGUUACCCAGCUGGACUCAGCAAAAGAUAUACUGGACUUGGGAAAAGCAAUCUCUCGAUGUUCAACUCAAGAAGGCUACUCGAAGUACAUCUGGGCCUGUGAGAUAA